CCUGUGUGAAUGGUGAUGGAUGGUGUGUGUGUGUGUGUGUGUGUGUGUGUGUGUGUUUCAGGGGAUGUGUGUGUGCGUGUGGACUGUGUUGUGGGUCAGGGAGCCUUCGCCACCGUUUAUCAGGCCACCGACCUCAACACCUCACACAAACUCAUCCUGAAGGUACAGAAGCCCGCGAACCCCUGGGAGUUUUACAUUAACGCUCAGCUGAACACGCGUGUGGAGCCGAGAGCUCGUCACCUGUACAACCAGCUGCACGCCGCUCACCUGUUCAGCAACGGCAGCGUGCUCCUGGGAGAGCUGCACAACUGCGGCACGCUGCUGAACGUGGUAAACCUGUAUAAGAGCCGCAGUGAGAAGGUGAUGCCUCAGCCUCUCGUGCUGUAUUUCACUGUGUGUAUCCUGGACAUGGUGGAGCGACUGCACGCCGCACGCAUCAUCCACGCCGACAUCAAACCCGACAACUUCCUGCUGGGAGAGAGGUUCCUGGAGAAUAAGGACGUCAGUGAGCAGAACCUGGAGCACGGUUUGGUUCUGAUAGAUUUUGGUCAGAGUGUGGAUAUGACUCUGUUCCCUGAUGGAGCUCAGUUCACCGCCCACUGCAUGACCUCUGGCUUCCAGUGCACAGAGAUGCUCAGCGGCCGACCCUGGACCUAUCAGACGGACUACUUCGGCGUGGCCGGCACUGUGUACUGCAUGCUGUUCGGCUCGUACAUGCAGGUGAGGAACGAUGGAGGAGUGUGGAAGACCAACGGAGUGUUUAAGAGGAACCCUCACAGUGAUCUGUGGCAGGAGUUCUUCCACGUGUUGUUAAACGUUCCUGAUUGCGUGUCCUUGCCGUGUUUGCGGGUUCUACGUGAGCGUCUGAGCGCCGCCCUGCAGGACAACUACAGCACCAAGCUGCUCGGCCUGAAGAACCGCCUCGUCGUGCAGAUCCUCGAGUCCAGAACCUCGCGCAGAUAGGGUUCUCCUGCACUGGACUUAUUUAACCGUUAGCAUAGAGUUUCUCUCCUGAGUCUGGAUCACAUCAUAUUCUUUUACAUUUUUACUUUUUUUUCAGUUGAAGCCGUAAAGAAAUGGAUUUUUUUCUUCAAUAAAAGAAAUAAAUCAUUAA